UCUGAGUCACGUUGAAGAGUUCGAGGAAGUAAAAACCGAGCGAGGAGGAGGAAAUCUGAACUGAAGUGGAUCACACUGAGCUCGACUGUCAUUUGGACACUUCACAGCUACGUUCACUGCUCAACACCAUGGCUCAAGCAGACAUUGCACUGAUUGGUUUGGCUGUCAUGGGCCAAAACCUCAUCAUGAACAUGAAUGAUCAUGGCUUUGUGGUUUGCGCCUAUAACCGAACCGUGUCCAAGGUGCACGACUUCCUCCAGAACGAGGCCAAAGGCUCCAAAGUGAUCGGAGCCGAGUCUCUUGAGGACAUGGUGGCAAAGCUGAAGAAGCCCAGGAGGAUCAUCCUGCUGGUCAAGGCUGGACAGGCUGUGGACGACUUCAUAGACAAACUGGUCCCUCUGCUUGAACCCGGGGAUAUCAUCAUUGACGGUGGCAACUCUGAAUACAGAGACACAACUCGUCGGUGUAAAAGUCUGAAAGAGAAGAACUUGCUGUUUGUUGGCAGUGGAGUCAGUGGUGGAGAGGAGGGGGCACGUUACGGACCCUCACUGAUGCCAGGGGGACAUAAAGAGGCCUGGCCACAUAUUAAGGACAUCUUCCAGAGCAUCGCUGCCAAGGUUGGAACAGGAGAACCUUGUUGUGACUGGGUUGGAGAUGAGGGCGCAGGUCAUUUUGUGAAAAUGGUCCACAACGGCAUCGAGUAUGGAGACAUGCAGCUGAUCUGUGAGGCCUAUCACCUGAUGAAGGAUGUUUUGGGGAUGGAGCACGACGAGAUGGCACAGGCUUUCGACAGCUGGAACAAAACAGAGCUGGACUCGUUCCUGAUUGAGAUCACGGCGAACAUCCUGAAAUACAGGGACACCGACGGAACACACCUGCUGCCGAAGAUCCGCGACAGUGCCGGACAGAAGGGGACGGGGAAGUGGACGGCCAUCUCAGCCCUGGAGUACGGAACACCUGUUACUCUGAUCGGAGAGGCUGUCUUCGCCAGAUGUCUGUCUUCUCUGAAGGAUGAGAGGGUGGAGGCCAGUGGCAGCCUUUCAGGACCUCAGGGGGUCCAGUUCAGCGGCAACAAGGCUGCCUUCCUGGAGGACAUCCGAAAGGCCCUCUACGCCUCCAAGAUCAUUUCCUACGCCCAGGGCUUCAUGCUGCUCCGACAGGCGGCCAAAGAGUUCGGCUGGUCGCUCAACUACGGAGCCAUCGCUCUGAUGUGGAGAGGAGGCUGCAUCAUCCGAAGUGUCUUCUUGGGUAAAAUCAAAGAGGCUUUCGACAGAGACUCAGAGCUGCAGAAUUUGCUGCUGGACUCUUUCUUCAGUAACGCCGUGCAGGACUGUCAGGAGUCGUGGCGUAGAACAGUCAGCACUGGAGUCCAACACGGUAUCCCCAUGCCCUGUUUCACCACCGCCCUGUCCUUCUACGACGGUUACAGACACGAGAAGCUGCCAGCCAACCUCCUCCAGGCCCAGAGAGAUUACUUCGGAGCCCACACAUAUGAACUGCUGUCAAACCCUGGCCAUUUCAUCCACACUAACUGGACAGGCCACGGUGGAAACGUCUCCUCUUCAUCCUACAACGCUUAAGAACCACAGUCACAUCACAUUUAAUAAGAAAGGACGAGGCCACGGAAAGAAAUUACCUCUGACAUCGUACACAUUCCUUCUGUUUAACCAGACCCAUUCAUAAAACAACCAGCUUAACCCAGUGUUUUACUCUUGUCACUGAUGUGUUGUUACAGUUUUAUUUAUCAAGAAUCAUAGUAUGUGUCCAAAUCUUCCCCCCUGUGUGUGUGUCUUGGUGUAGCAGCUUAUCACGUUAACAAGAGGGGGAGCAACGAAGUGUGACUCCAUGUUGAGUGGAGACUACGCUGGCCAGUUCAGCAGUCAUGUUGGGCCCAGGGUUCACGGUGUUAACACUGGAUUAAGGCGAACCAUUGCACUGUACUGUAUUAGGCUAAAUAAAGACUUCAAUCCCUUUAUAA